AUGACAAAGCGGUUCACUUCCCAGAAUCUCCAGUGGGAAGCAAGAUGUGGGAUUUUCAUUCACGAAGAAUGCCAGCCAGCACAAUCGAUGCACUCCUAUCAGAAAGUGACAGUUUUUUCCCCAACAGACCGCUUCACCUUCUUUGCUGAGAGAAAGAUUUUGGUUUGGAAUGCGCUCAAGACUCUCACAGGCCACUCACUUCCCAAUGAGGUAUUUCUGUUGCCUGCGGGGCUUCUCGAGGCCAAAGCGACAUUUCCGGCAAAUUUUGAGGUAUCAGAUCAGGAGAUUUCUCUCUUUGCAGCAGUGCCUGCAGUGGUUGGUACAGGAUCACAGCUUUUUGCAUUGGGUUCACACAAUGCUUCAUGUAUCGCAGUCCUCACCGCAAGGGGGAUCUUUGUGUUGCGAAGGGAUCAGGGCAUGACAGCGUCUGAUGCCUUUACCACUCUCAACCAUCACAUCGGCUUCAGGUGCACCCACCUGGUUGGCAUGCUAGGUGAGAAACAUCAAGAAGAAACGCUAUGCCCCAAAGCUGCAGACAAUCUUCAAGUGCUGGACUACGUCAAGCCAAAGGUCCAAGAUGGGAUCAUCAGCUUCACUUCUUCACAUGAGGCACUGAAGGAAUUUGCGGAUUUUCUUCAGGACACCGGGCUGCAGAAGAUGUUGCCUGCUUUGGGGGUGGGCAUUCGUCACAGAUGCAGAAAGCUUCAUUCAAGUAAGGACAGAGAAGAUUCUGAUGAUGCGGAAGCCAUCAGCACUUGCGCUGUGUACGAACAGUGUUCAGUGUCGCAAUCUACCUUUUUCUUUGCAAGAUCAAAACCUGGAACAGUGCAGGAUCGGACCCAUCCACCAGGAAAGGAUAUCACAAUGGCUCACUUUAGUGAAGAGUGGGAUCCCAUUUGUGCGAUGUUUGACCUUGACAAGCCGUGGCGUUUUGUAGGUCAGGGCAGAAGCUUGAAUCCACAAUGGCCUCUGAGAGGUUUUGCAGAGGAAGAUUCGGAAGGCACGGUUUACAUGCAGAUUGGGUUGAAAGGAGGAGGUCCAGUCAAGCUCAAGAACAGUGAACAGGUCUCCGAUGACGGUAAUCUCAACAACUUGGCUGAGUUUGAGAAAGCCAGUUUCACUGCAGAAUUGGGUCAUGUGUUAUUGAAGAUGGUGGAUCACAGAGGCACAAUUUCCUGGUGCGACAUCACAAACUUUUUGGAUUUGGAAGCCAAAGCCGAAGAAGGGUACUAUGUCAUCAAAGGUCGAUUUCAGACAUUGAGGCAGCGUUUGGAGAUGUUGAGGGAAACAGGUAUUGAGAAGGACGAGUUGGCACUGCUUGUGAUUGGUGGCAAAGGCCUCUGUGAUGGAUUUGAUGGACAGAAACUUCAAGCUCCAGUUCUCUACAAUGAGGAGCCUCUCAUACUCCAGGCGAUCCUGUUCAACCUUGGAGCGAAGGAUGCGGGCAUGCCACAGACAGAGCUGGAAACAAUCCCAGCUACAGACUCUCAUGUGGUCUCCUUCACGGCCUAUGCAGAUGAGAUUGACAGUGACACUUGGUCUUUGAUCCUGCAAGCCCCAGUCAAGAACACCAUGAGGAUUUUGCUGCCAGAUCAGGAUGCUAUUGAGACUGAGAGCCUCAGGUGGAACUUGCAGUGUCUUUGUCAAGAUGUGACAGUCAUUGUGGCACUGUUGGUGGACAGAAAAGCGACGGGAGGAAUCCCAACCAAGAACAUGAAGUCACAGGAAACUGAUGCCAUUGGUGGUGUUCUCUCUGAAGAUCCCUGGAAGUCUUGGAUUGACAAUAGGGGAGGUACUGGCAUGGCUCAGUCAGCAAAUCACUCUCGAUCAGUCACAGCACCAGUGGUGACUCAACCACCAAGGAGGCUUGAGGCGCCCAUUGAGGAUCGCUUCACGCAGCAUCAGACAGCAGUUCAGGAGUUGCGUGAAAAAGGUGAGAAAGAUACAAAGGCCCUUCGAAGUGACAUCGCAAAACUGGAGAGGACAAUUACUGCGCAGCAACAGCAGGUACAAUACAAUUUGGAGAUGACAAACGCCGAGUUCAGAGCAGUCAGGUCUGAGACACAGAGUCACCUCCAGACUCUCUCAACGACUUUUCAGGACAGUUUGUAG